CAGAUGUCAAUUUUUACAUUCGAUUAUUCAACAAUCUUGACCGCGUAAAAGGAGAUAAACCAUUGCAUUCGUUCAGUUCUUCGCGGAGAGCUAACCUAUAACGAAGAGUCACUACAAAGUCAGUAACGGAGGAAACUGAACGACGACGUCCCAACGGAAAAAUGAAGAGCCUUGUCUUGUUGUUGAUAACUUUGGCUCUGGCCAAGUCACUUCCACUCGAGACCGAUCAGAACACCGAAGUCGCGCUGAACGAGGACGAGAAGAUUGAAACACCUGUUUUCGAUCCCGAGGUAUCAGAUAAAGCUGAUAAGCUUGAAAUUGCUGAAAGAGGUAUUAGCGAGGGAAUAUAUCUCAUUGAAAACGUCGAAACAAAGCGCUUCUUGUUCCAGGACGGCCCUCCCAUAAAAGGGCCUCGUGGAGCAGAACAUGGGUGGGCAGCUAGUUCAGGCUUCAAAGCACCUGCUAUUGUCGGAGCUGAUGCCAACUACUACAAUCGAGCUUACUGGAAGAUCAUUCCUCUAGGUGGUGGCAAAUACUUCAUCGAAAACCCCGAGACGAAAAGGUACUUGUUUCAAGGUGGCCCUGCCAUAAAAGGGCCUCGUGGAGCAGAGCAUGGGUGGGCGGCUAGUUCAGGCUUCAAAGCACCUGAUGUUGUCGGAGCUGAUGCCAACUACUACAAUCGAGCCUACUGGAUGAUUACUCCAGUAAGUAAUGGCAGGUACUUCAUUGAAAACAUCUUCACGAAGAGGCUCCUGUUUCAAACUGGUCCACCGAUUAAAGGGAAUCGUGGAGCAGAAGGUGGAUGGAAGAAUGCUAAUGGCCUUACUUCACCUGUUGUUGUCGGUGCUGAUGCCAACUACUACAACCGAGCCUACUGGAUGCUUCACAAAGUGCGUUAGACUGAUAAAAAAAAACGUGCCAACAACGUUAAGGGUAGCAGUUAUAAUGGAGCUGUUAGUAGCUUUUCCUGGGUUGUAAUGCAAGUUUGUUAAAUGUUUAAACUUCAAGCUUUUGACUGUAGUGUGAGAAAUAAAGGCACAAAUUAAAAGAGAUGAUCUAGUUUGCAACAACGUUAAGGGUAGCAGUUAUAAUAGAGCUGUUAGUAGCUUUUCCUGGGUUGUAAUGCAAGUUUGUUAAAUGUUUAAACUUCAAGCUUUUGACUGUAGUGUGAGAAAUAAAGGCACAAAUUAAAAGA